CUGUGCUGUAGUUUUUGGGGGAACCUUUGGACCCCUCCCCCCUUUUCCUGAGGACCACGUCUCUGUAGUAGACACACAGCUGAUCCACGAUGGACACGUCUGUCGUCAAAGAGUUCGUGGUCACUUAUUUAAUGCCGGAGAAAUGUUUCCAAAACUUGCUGGUGGACUUCCACUUCCACGUGCCGUGUCUGAAGUUUGUGCUGAAUAAGGCGUGUGGACUGUGGAUUCUUUUGGACAUAUUAUUGGCUCAGCUACCUCAGCUGUUGAAGAUCCUGUGGAAGGGAAGAGCUGAAGGCCUUAGUUUGACCUCCGCUCUGCUGCAGCUUUACACCUUGUCAUGUCCAGUUGUGUUUGCGAUGGCCAACAACUUCCCACUCUUUGCUUGGGCUGAGAGACUCUUCUCAUUGGUCCAGACAGCAGCGAUUGUCUUCCUCAUCCUACGUUAUCGUGGUGAAACAAAGAAUGGAUUCCUGUUCCUUUUGGCUUACGGUGCUGUCAUGUUCCUGCUGGGCUCCUUUGUAGCUGCAGCUCUCAUCUCAGUGAUGCAAACAUCCAGUCUGGCAGCUUUAAUAUUAAGCAAGGUUUUUCAGGCUGGAGCGAACUACUCUAAUGGACACACAGGUCAACUGUCGACACUGUCUGUGAUCAUCUCCUUUGCUGGGUCUGUCAGUGUAAGCUUUGUCUCUUUGCAGGGCACAGGAAAUGCUCUUCCAGUGAUUUGUCAUGUGCUGUCAUCCUGUCUCAGUUUCGUCCUCCUGGUCCAGAUCUUUUUCUGCCGAAGCAGCACCGGCAACGUUAAACAUAAGAAUGAGUAGAUGUGGAGGUCAGCGGCAGAAAUCUUCAUUAAUCAGUUCUUGUUUACAGUUUCUGUUCAUUUUUUAGUGUCAACAUAUCUACCUGCCUCUCUGAGAUGGUUUUAAUAUGGUUCUCUCAUUUUGUUUUUUUUGCUCAUCACAUACUUUAUUGUUUGUCAGAUCUGUUUUUCACAUGGUGCAUUAUUUUUCUGUGUGCAGUUGUGUUUUUGUCACCCUCUAGCUAAAAAAAAGUUUUACCACAGCCUCAGGGAAAACACCCAAGUGACAGAAAGUUUAGUGAAACCACAAAUAUUUCAGCGUAACUUUCAUGGUAUAACUGGACAGUUGAAGUCCCACAUCAGCUGUAAAACUGUGCAGACUUUUUAGAACAGUCAAACUAUAGGUACAAACAUCGCACUAUCUUCCUCAAACUGGUAGAUCAGUUCCUCAUCUUUGGCGGAAAAUCAUCUUGCUGAUGAUGCAUUCAUAUGUAAUUAAAAGAAAGUGAUGCAAACAGAAAAUGUGAAGUAGUAGAUGCAUCUGAAUAUAUGUGCAUUUUCCCAAAACAUAAGACAUAUUAGUGCAACAAUACGAGCAUCUGACUUAUACAUCUGUAUUUUAUGAUUUAUCAUUAACCUCAUUUUCAAUACUUGAAAACACCUUUAAUUAAAAAAAAAACAGAAUAAAUUGCUCCUCUCAGGAUAAUAAUGUAUAAUCUUAGACUACCUUAAUCACGUGAUCUCAGAUAAUUAAAGUUGACUGAGCCCUGUCACAUUCAGAAACACAUUUAUAUACUAACAUUUACAUCUGUUAGAGCUUUGUGUGUUUGGGUUCAGAGCAGCUGAGGAUUAUUUUAACUGACAGGGAUUUGGAAAUGAUUGUAAGAUAUUUCCGUUUUACUCUUGUUUAUUGAAGUAAAACAUUGUUUUUAACUUGAAGUGACAUUUAGGAAACAGUUUUUCAUACAUUCCAAUUAUAAUAUAUAGAAGUCAUUGUUUAUGUCUAUUUAGAUUUCUUCCCACACCAAUUAUAGGCAUGUGAGAGGUUUUUUAGGAGCUGAGUGGCCUCUGAGCUCCAGCUUCUGUCAACAAAAUGGCCUGUGUUAGUGCAGUCGAGUGAACCACAGUGUUACAUGUACCAUAAAUGCACAGAAGCUCCACAGAAGCCAAGGCAGUGAAGCGGCAUUGGCAGCACAUGUGCAUAUUUAACCUGGCCUGUUUAUGUUUCCAUGUCCAGCCUCAGCUAUAAACAGUGUCUCUAUUUUUUUUUUUUUUUUUUCACUCACAAAAUGUACCAUUGCAC